CACCUGAAGUUUUAAGAGGUCAACCUUAUACUUUAGCUAGUGAUAUAUAUAGCUUUUCUAUGAUUUUAUGGGAAUUUAUAUCUGGAAUUUCUCCAUUUGAUAAUGAAGCACAUGAUUUUCAACUUAGCUUAGAUAUUUGCAAAGGUAAACGUCCUGAAAUUAAUAAAAACAUUCCACAAUGUUAUAUAAAUUUAACGAAAAAAUGCUGGGAUAUUGAUCCACCUUAUCAAUCAAAACAACAAAAUUUAACGACAGCAACAGAUAACGGUAUUCACUUUGCUGUGUGGAAGAUUCAUAAUCUGAUUCCUUCACCGGAUUUAAUAGACCCAACAAUUUGA